AUGGCGCGAUACGGUCAAAGACCGGAAAAUGCCCUAAAGCGGGCCAAUGAAUUUAUGGACCUUGACAAGCCGGCCCGGGCUUUGGAUACUCUACAGGAAGUAUUUCGUAAUAAGAAAUGGGCAUACAACUGGUCAGAAUCGGUCCUGGAACCGAUUAUGUUCAAAUACUUGGAACUCUGCGUCGACCUUCGGAAGUCGCAUAUUGCUAAAGAAGGUCUGUUCCAGUAUAGGAAUAUGUUUCAAUCAGUCAACGUAGGUUCAUUGGAGCAAGUUAUAAGAGGGUACUUGCGUAUGGCGGAAGAACGCACAGAAGCAGCCAGAGCUCAGUCCACGCAAGCUGUCAUUGAUACGGACGACCUUGAUAACUUGGCUACACCAGAAAGCAUCCUCUUAAGUGCUGUAUCUGGAGAAGAUGCGCAGGAUCGCUCUGACCGAACUAUACUUACACCAUGGGUGAAAUUUCUUUGGGAAUCAUAUUGCCAAUGCCUGGAGUUACUCCGUACCAAUGCACAUGUGGAGACCUUGUACCAUGAUAUAGCCAGGAUGGCCUUCCAGUUUUGCCUGAAAUACUCACGCAAAACUGAAUUCCGAAAAUUAUGUGAUAAGUUGAGGAAACAUCUAGAAGACAUUUGUAAGCCCACUGUCCAAACAGGCAAUGUGAGCAUCUCAAAACCUGAGACCCAACAACUAAACUUGGAGACCAGACUGUUCCAGCUUGAUAGUGCCAUACAAAUGGAGUUAUGGCAGGAAGCCUACAAAGCAAUAGAAGAUAUUCACAACCUGAUGAACAUGUCCAAAAAGACUCCAGUUGCAAAAACUAUGGCCAAUUAUUAUGGCAAGCUUGCUUUAGUGUUUUGGAAGGCCGGGCACUGCCUCUUCCAUGCUGCUGCACUACUCAAGCUGUUCCAACUGUCCAGAGAAAUGAAGAAGAAUAUCACUCAAGAGGAAUUACAGAAAAUGGCCUGUCGUGUACUGGUGGCGGUAUUAUCGGUACCUUUACCGUCGCUGCAUCCUGAGUUUGAUCGUUUUGUUGAGACCGACAAGAGUCCUGUUGAGAAGGCGCAGCGAUUGGCAGUUCUGCUUGGGCUCGCUCAGCCGCCAACUAGAGCUAGCUUAUUGAAAGAUGUGAUACGUCUGAACGUGGUAAAUCUGGCAUCGCCGCAACUCCAGCAGCUGUACUCGUGGCUGGAGGUUGAAUUUGACCCACUAACUAUCUGCGCCAACGUGCAGAGCACUGUCAAAAUGCUGCAAGAAGAACCUAACUCAUCCCUCGCUCAAUACACGGUGGCGUUGACGGACGUGGCGCUUGUGCGUUUGGUGCGUCAGGUCGCGCAAUGCUACUCCUGUGUGCAAUUCUCGCGUCUCCUCGAGCUGGCGCACACCGAUGACCUGUUCCAUCUUGAGCGCCUGCUGGUCGACUGCGUCCGCCACAACGACAUGCAGAUACGGAUCGACCAUGCCAACCAAUGCGUACACUUCGGAGUGGAAUCGGGCGGUGGCGAAUGGUGUUCCGCUGCCGAUGAGGCCUGCGGUGGGGCCAUAUUACAGGCGACACCCGCCGAGCAGAUGCGCGAGCAGCUAGUUCGCGCCGCCGAGGUGCUCUCGCGCGCCGUCCACGAGCUGUUCCCGGAGCGGCGGAGGGCGGAGCGCGAGCGCUCGCGCGCCACCAUGGUGCAGCACUACCACGAGAACAAGCACGCGGAGCACCACCGCGUGCUGCAACGGCACAAGAUCAUCGAGGAGCGCAAGGAGUACAUCGAGCGGCUGAACACAGUUCGCGAGGAGGAGGAGCUACGCCGUCAAGAGGAGCAAUUGCGCGCCGCCGCCGCUGCCGAAGCGAGGCGGCAGGAGGCGGAGCGCGAAGAGCGCGAGAAGCGUCGCCACGCCUCCGAGAUGGCGGCCAUGCGCGAGAGACAUCUGCGCGAACGCAUCGCCCACAUCUCGCAGACCAUGCACGGCAAGAAAGUUCUGCAGAAGCUCGACGAAGAGGAUUUGAAAAAAAUGGACGCAGAGGCAAUCGCACAACGCGAGGCAGAGGAGCUAAUGAAAGAGCGCAGGGAGCUUCAAGCCCGUUUGAAAUCGCAGGAGAAGAAGGUGGACUAUUUCGAAAGAGCUAAGCGCUUGGAGGAAAUCCCAUUGCUCCAGAAGAGUUUAGAAGAGAAGCAGGUGCAGGAUAAGGCGUUCUGGGAACAGCAGGAGAAGGAACGUAUCCAACAGCUCAUUGAGGCGAGGGCGCGCGACGUUGCCACUUCGGCCCGUUUGGCGCGUAUGGCGGCGCACCGCGAGCAGUUCACGGCGCGGUUGCGCAGCGAGCGUGGUGCAGCGCACGUCAAGCGGCUCGCCGACUUCCAGCAGAAGCUCGCCGCUGAGCGAGAGGCGCGCCUGGCCCAGCGCCGCGCGCAACGCGUCGAGCGCCGCAGGCAGGAGUGGCUGGCCGAGAAACAUCGCGCGGAAGAACGCGCAGCCGAAGAAGCACGCCGCCUCAAAGAAGAGGAGGAGAAGCGAGAGAAGGAGGAACGCGAGCGUCGUCACCAGGAGGAGUUGGCCGCUCUCCGAGAGCGCAAAGAGCGCCAAGAGAAGGAACACCAGGAAACACUGGCACGUGCAAGAGCCCGCAAGCUGGAGGAGCAGAAAGCAGGCGCCACGUCCAGCUGGCGUCGUGGGGAGGAGUCAGCAUGGCGCGGUGCAGGUCGACGUGAAGAUCGUCCGCGUACCCCUGAUAGGAAAGCAGAGCGUGCCCCAUUGCCCAAGGAAGAAGAAAAGGAAGUGGAGAAGGUACGUCCGAAGGAACCAGUCGAACCACCGCGCAAGUUGGACGAGCCGAAAUCCGCCACCGGUAGCAGUUGGCGUAGAGACGACGGAUGGCGCUCCGGCGGACGUGCCCCGCCCGCCAGCCGCGAUGAGCGUCCCCGUUCUCCAGAGCGGCGGCUGCCACGCGACGACAGGGGCCCACCGCCCAAGGACGACCGUCUGCCACCGCGCGACGAGAGACCCCGCGCUGCCUACGUCGGCCGGUCCAGCGGGCCUGAGACCGGCAGCUGGCGGCGGGGCCCCGCCGACCCGCCACCCGCCCCCACCGAACGAUCUGCUACAUGGCGUGCGAGGGACGCGCCGCCGCGCGACGACCGCCGAGACGGGCCCAGAGAUCGUGAGAUCACCCGAGACCGAGAUGGUCCCAGAGACCGAGACGGACCCAGAGACCGGGAUGGGCCCAGAGACCGCGACCGCUACCCGCCACGGAGGGACGACGGGCCAAGGAGGGAUGACCGGGACGGACCCAGAAGGGAUGACCGGGAAGGACCCAGAAGGGAUGACCGGGACGGCCCCAGAAGGGACGACCGGGAUGGGCCCAGAAGGGAUGACCGAGAUGGACCUAAGAGAGACGACCGUGAUGGACCCCGUAGGGACGACAAAGACCGUCGCCCACCACCACCGCGUCGUGACGAAAAACCGCGCGACGCUGACGGUGGCGCUUGGCAGUCCGUCCCCAGGCGU